GUGACGUACCUCAGCUUGUCAGCUCGUCCUCAUUGUUGUUUCCAGCUUCAACUAUAGUAAAGCUACUACUAGUUGUAUCCACCAGAUCUCCUUCCUUGUUCACAACGCGCCUCUUGCCAACUACCAUUUCUUUUUGCAUACUCCUGAAUAUCUCUGGACGAUACUCUGCUUGAAGUGACCGAGUGGAUCCAUUUUCAACCCAAUUUUCUCCGGCGUCAACGACUUGCAGUCCCGGUUAUAUCAUCAACAUGGAACACCAAGCAGCUCACGAUGAGCUAGUAUCCCAGUUCUGUGCUAUGUCUGGCACUGAUGCCGCAGUAGCCCAAGAAUACCUGGCGGCCAGCGAAUGGGACCUCGAAGCCGCAGUGACCGAGUUCUUUGCCGAGCAGGACGAAGCUACGCAGGGCGCAAACACAGGCUCAGGGCAGCGCCUAGGAGCCGAAACAGGACCAGUCGCCGGUCGCACACUCGGGGGGAGUUCAUCCCAGUCUCCAUCCACUACCCCGCAGCCGUCCUCAUCGCGCAGGACCGGACCGAAGAAGAGAUUCGCGACGUUGGGCGAUUUUGCCUCCGGGGCUGGUGAAUCCUCGGAGGAGGAGGACUCCGUGAAUCAGGAUUUCUUCGCGGGAGGGGAAAAGUCUGGCCUCGCCGUGCAGAACCCCGACGACAUCAAGAAGAAGAUUAUCGAGAAGGCCAAGAGUAGAACUCAGCCGCCCUCCUCGGAUGAACCAAGCAGACAGUCGCACUUCACGGGCACAGCACGUACCCUCGGUGGCGAUGAUGCUCCGAGCAGGGUAAUCGAAGCGCCGAGCGCGCCCGCUACGCAAGUGCCGCAACGAGUCCAGAGAACGCUUCAUUUCUGGGCCGACGGAUUCUCCGUCGACGAUGGCGAGCUGUACCGCUCCGAUGAUCCCCGGAACGCAGAGAUUUUGGAGGGGAUCCGACAGGGUCGUGCUCCCCUCUCGAUCAUGAAUGUACAGUCUGGUCAAGAGGUGGACGUGGAAAUCAACCAGCACGAGGAGAAAUACGUCAAGCCGAAGCCCAAGUACAAGCCCUUUUCUGGCCAGGGGCAGCGACUGGGAAGCCCUACGCCUGGCGUGCCGACCUCUGCCGCGGCCCCAGCUCCAGCUCCAGCUCCAACAAGUCAGGCCUCAGAGCCACCUAAGCCUACUGUUGAUGAAUCUCAGCCCACCAUCACCCUCCAAAUCCGCCUUGGCGAUGGCACACGACUCACGUCUCGCUUCAACACUACCCACACGAUUGGGGAUGUCUACGAAUUUGUGUCUGCGUCCAGCCCCGCUAGCCAGUCCCGCCCGUGGAUCUUGAUGACUACGUUCCCCAGCAAGGAUCUUACGGACAAGGGUGCUGUCCUGGGGGAAAUGGCCGACUUCAAGAGGGGCGGUGUUGUGGUGCAGAAGUGGCAAUGA